AUGGAUUUUGAUGAUCCGGAGUUCCUACAAAAUCUUCGUGAAGCAUUAAGAAACAUCCAAGAAGGUGGAAAUCGAAGGCAACCCCGCCGUGGUGAACAUAGGGUUGUGGAAGAAUUCAAGGUGUCUGAAUUGCCUGAAUUUGUUGGUGGAACUGAUCCUGAACGCUACUUGGAGUGGGAAAGGAAGAUUGAAAGAAUGUUCGAGUUCAAAGAAGUGGAUGAUGAAAAAAGCUGCAAGUAUGCCAUUCUCAAGCUAAGUGGUGGUGCUUCAUUGUGGUUUGAAGGGCUUAAGGCCAAGAGAACCCGUGAAGGCAAAGAAAAAAUUUGUUCUUGGCUUUCUCUAAAACGAAAGCUAAGAAAGAGAUAUGUUCCUUCUACUCAUAGAAUUGCCACUUACAAGAAGAUUGCUGAUUUGAGGCAAGGAAAAAUGAGUGUUGGAGAAUACAUUGAUGAAUUUGAGAAGUUGUCCUUGAUGGGGGAUAUUGAAGAAAUUGAAGAACAAAAAAUGACUCGUUUUCUAAAAGGGUUGAACUACAACAUUGCCAAUGUUGUGGAGUUAUAUCCUUAUGCUGAUUUUGGAACUCUUUGUGGUUUGUGUUUGAAGUUGGAGGGGCAGGCCAAAGCACGUUAUGGUGGGAGUUCAAGUUCAAGUCUCGAAAGUCCCAAGUCAAAGUCGUGGUCCAAGCCCGAGUCUAGCAAUAGACAAAAUUCUGUUUCUACUCCUUCUGGUUCUAGUAGUGUUCCCGUUGCUCCUAAACUUACUAGUGGUACCAAAGAAACUAGUUUGGCGAAAAUUAGAUGUUUCAAGUGUCAAGGUUUUGGUCAUUACCAAAAUGCUUGUCCAAACAAAAGGGUGGUGACUUUAAGGGAGGCCAUUGAAUGUCGUGAAGAGUUGGAGGAAGAAGAGAGGUUGGCGGGUAUUUUUUAUGAUACACAACAAGAAGAGGAAGAAGAGGAGGAGGUAGAGUAUGAAGCACCGGUGUAUGAUACAGUUUUGGUGCUUAGAACCCUUAAAACUCAAGGGGUUCAAACCGUGGCUGAUAUGGAUCAACGAGACCAAUUGUUUCACACCAAAUGUUUGGUUAGAAACAAGUGGUGUAGUUUGAUUAUUGAUGGUGGAAGUUGUACUAAUGUUGCUUCUAAUGAAAUGGUGAUCAAAUUGGGUUUGUCUACUACAAACCACCCAAAACCAUAUGUUCUUCAUUGGUUGGAUGAUGGAAGCAAAAUAAAGGUGACAAAACAGGUUAGAGUUGGUCUAACUAUGGGGUCUUAUGAAGAUGAAGUGUUGUGUGAUGUUAUUCCUAUGGAUGCAUGUCAUAUUUUGUUGGGGCGUCCUUGGCAAUUUGAUAGGGACGUGUUACAUAGAGGGAGGAGCAAUGAAUAUGAGUUGAAACACAAUAAUAAAAAAAUUGUGUUAAAACCCAUGUCCCCAACGGCCAUAAGGUCCAUGAAUUCUAAACAAGUAAAAAAACCUAAUCUUUCUAUGUUUGCUAGUGAAAGGGAGGUGGAGCAAGUUCUUGACAAAGGUGAUGUUAUCUACAUGCUUGUGGCCAAAGAGCAUGCAAAGGUGGAGAAGAUGGUGCAUGGAGAAAACGCUAUUGCUGAUUUGCUUUUGGAGUUUCAAGAUGUGUUUCCAAGCGAAUUACCACCGGGUUUGCCUCCAAUCCGUGGUAUCGAACACCAAAUUGACCUUAUUCCGGGUGCUCCUUUGCCCAAUAAAGCCGCCUAUAGAUGUAAUCCGGAGGUGACAAAAGAGUUGCAAAAACAAAUUGAUGAACUCAUGAAAAUGGGUUAUGUUCGUGAAAGCCUAAGUCCUUGUGCUGUUCCAGUUUUGUUGGUUCCAAAAAAAGAUGGUUCUUGGAGGAUGUGUGUUGAUAGUAGGGCCGUUAAUAACAUCACCAUAAAAUACCGAUUUCCUAUUCCUAGAAUUGAUGAUUUGUUAGACGAGUUGCAUGAUUGUGUUCUCAAAAAUUGA